GUUGUUACUCCUGCCUGGCAUUAUUGACAUUGCCUCAGCCCGCUGUAUUUUCCAUCUACUGCCCUGAAGGAUGGCGCAAUCUAUAGAUUUUAACGCGCUCAAGGCGCGAACGAUGGGUUCUAGCAACGAUGAGGAGGCAGUAACAGUUGAUACCCGCGGCUUGAUAUCCAAAGUCCUUUCACGUUACUCAGGGAAAUGGACGGUACUUCGCGAAAUGAUCCAGAACGCAGCCGAUGCUUCCGCUACUCGGGUAACUGUGAAAUUCGAGACUUUACCGUCAACAGCAGUGCCGAUCCCAAAUCCAGCAGACCCGACUACUAUGCUCAAGCAUGUAAUCUCUCAUCAUACUCUUCGACGGCUUUUGAUAUCCAAUAACGGGCAUUCGUUUAAUGAGAAGGAUUGGGCUCGAUUAAAACGAAUCGCAGAUGGCAAUCCUGACGAAACUAAAAUCGGUGCAUUUGGCGUGGGGUUUUAUAGUGUUUUUGAUGACUGUGAGGAACCGUUUGUCUCUUCCGGUAACGAAGCGAUGGCAUUUUACUGGAAGGGAAAUUCGUUAUUCACACGACGGCUUAAAUUGGUAGAAGUCGAAAGCUCACCAGAUACCACAUUUGUGCUCGAUUAUCGAAAUAACUCGUCACCAGUCCCUUCACUAAUGGAACUGGCGAAAUUUCUUGCCACCAGUUUGACCUUCGUUGGUUUACAGGGUAUUGAUUUGUGGCUAGAUAAUUGGAAUUUGCUCAAACUAACAAAAAAGACUGCGCCAAGCGAGAAGGUUGUUUUGCCUCGGGAUAUCGAAACACGGACACCAGAAGGUCUUAUGAAAAUUACAGGCGUAAUUAGAGAAGUUGCUCAAGUUGAUGCUGCGUGGAUGAAAGGUGUUGAAUGGGGUCCUCAGACAAGUUUCUCGGCCCGCUUAGAAGGUAUUCGAGAAACCACAAGUACUCUUCGAUCUUUCUUCUCGAAGUUUACUGGGUCCUCAUCGCAGGCCUCCUCAGAUAAGCAAGUAACAGAGCCGUCCGAGAAAACAGGAGAAGCUGAUGACUUGACUAUUAUCUACAAGGCGUCUGUAUUCUUGCACAUAAAUACAGCAUCCAUUCAAACGUCAAUAAGUAACACGCUCUCCAGUGAGCUAGAACGAGCAACUCGAAAACCACCGCCAAAACGCACAAAUAUUGCGAUUCUUACACCUUCUUAUUCAAUAGACACGUCUUCCAAACAGUCAGAAGUCCUCUCCUCAGUGCUUCCAUCGAAGUCGGGGAGAGUAUUCAUUGGUUUUCCUACGCAUCAAACCACGGGCCUGAAUGCUCAUAUUUCCGCUCCUUCAGUAAUCCCUACUGUUGAGAGAGAAAGUAUUGAUCUUAAUACCCGAUAUAUCAGCACAUGGAAUUUGGAAAUGCUGAGAGUAGCUGGUAUUGUUUGCAGGAUCGCAUGGGCUGCUGAUAUGUCAUCCAUCAAAAACAGAAUUGUCCCUCAAGGGGGCUCGAGAGUUCGCAAGAACGAUAUCAUGAAUCUGAUUCCGGAAGCAGUUCACACUGCCAACCAGUUCGUUUUCCGGGAAUCUACGCCGUCCGCAAAUCUAGGUCAAACAAUAGAAGAUUCUUUUUGGAUGUGUAACAAGAAUGCGUCCAUUGAAAUUCUUUCAACUCGCGGUGUCUUGCCAAGCCAUCAAGUCCGCCUUGCACCAAAAGAACUCAGUUUCAUGGAAGGAAUCCCAUCUCUCCCUGAUGGGCUGAUUGAGAACUCGAAAGAUUUCAUUAAGAAGCUCACAGAUUUUGGUCUGGUCACUGAAGUGACUGUGUCAGAUAUUAAACGAGAACUUGAAAAUAGUCCUUUGACUUCUACACAGCUCAAAGAGUUCUUAGUAUGGGUUAGCAAGCGUGCCGUAUCUGAUGAAUUUGAUAAGAAAACAACCCUUUCACUGCUAAACUCUGCAGUUGCUAAUGAGGAGUCUUCUGAUGGGCAACCAGGCAGAUUGUUGGCUCUGAACGGGAUAGAGAGCUACCUGAAUCCCUCCAAGAUACCGUCUGAUUUACCUAUCCCCACAUCAGUAAUGCCAUUUAAAUAUACAAAGUCUUUGGAGAAACGAGAGCUGGACGCCCUUGGCUGGGUUGAAUUGCAAAUAGUCCCUUGGCUUCGAUGGCUUGUGGAGAAUUCUGGAGACAGAAAUAGCCUUUCUCCAGAUAAGGAUAUAACACAGAACCCAUCAUUCUCUGGCCAGGUCCUGUCAGUUUUGUCUAAACAAUGGGACUUGCUUAACCAGUCAUCGAAGCAAAAUGUGAUUGAUUUGCUCCAACCAAAGACAGUAAUACCGGUUAAAAAUGGCAUGAAGCGGCCAGAGGAGGCAUACUUUCCAUCCGUGCGGCUUUUCGAUGACCUUCCCGUGGUUUCCAAUAUCCAUGGUUUGAAAGAUAAAUUCCUCACUGCUCUUGGGGUUCGUAAGACGGUGGACCUCGAUGUCAUUUUCGAACGACUACUGAAUGAUGACAUAUCUAACGAAAAAGAUAUAAACACAAAACAAAAGUGGAGCCAUGUUGACUUGAUCAAAUAUCUUGCUUCUGUUCGUGACGAUAUACCUGCUAAGGAUAUAGGGAGGCUCAAAAAUACCAAAAGUUACACAGCUGAAAAUACUGGAUCUGGUCCUCCUGAGCGCCAGCGAUAUAAGAUCUCCGAGCUCUUCGAGCCCAAGGAACAACACCGAAAGCUCGGCCUUCCUGUUAUCGAAUGGCCUGGGAGGUAUAUUUCUCAAAGCAAAGAAGGUCAGUUCUUAUCGACUCUCGGUCUCAGAAGUCAUCCUUCAGCUAUCGAGGUCAUCGAAAUCAUUGCUAAAGCGGGGGCGUCUGGUAAUACGGCACUUCAGGCGAAGUCAAUGGCUUAUUUUAUUACCGAGUAUCAUACAAACAAGUAUGCUGCCGUUAAUAUGUCCAAAAUUACCGUGCCUUUCCUUCCUAUCGAGGGACACAGUAAAUUGAGCACGCCAAAUAACUGUUUUACCCACGAAGGCGCUUCUUUGUUUGGAUUCGAUAUUCUCAGACGGGAUCUUCAUCCACACGCCACAAUCUUUGGUGUACACGAGCAUCCUUCUGUAGUUGACUGUAACCAAUACAUUAUGCGAAAUCCUCCAAAAUCAAUGAGCGCAGCGAAAAGUCUGUUUGCUUAUAUGGCUGUCAGAAUUCCGGAUCUGAAAUCCGCUGAUACCAAUCGGCUGGGAGAAGCGCCGAUAGUUCCAAUAUCAACAGAUCAAGAUACCGAGAAGAAGCCCACUGUCCGUUACGUGUCACCUGUAAGCUGUUACAUCGGUGACGGGGAAGAUUUUCGGGACAUUUUUGACUUCGUGAAUUUUGGUCAAAUGGGAAAUCUUUUCUUACAAGCAGUUGGGUCAAAACAGGAGCCUACUAAAAUUGAAGUAGCUCGUAUGCUAGUUAGAGAACCAGCACGGAUCUCAUCCAAAUUUCAAAGCCCAGAGAAAUAUUUAAAACUGCUGAGAAGCUUGGCUGAAAGCUUUUCUACUCUCAGACGCCAGAAAGAUCUUAUCCAUGACAUGAUGAAAUCUCCGUUUUUGCUGGCAAGCAAGGAACUGCCUUCGCAACCCUCUGCCAUAGCUCCUGCUAAAGAAUCUCUGGACGAAGCAGAUGACAACUUUGAAGACGAUGACCAGUCUAUCAAGGAAUGGCGACUAGUUGCUGCAAAGGAUGCUGUUAUUGUGGAUGACUACCAAAGUUUCACAAUAUUCAAGGAACACAUUCUUGCGGCACCACAGGAAGAAAGCCUUGAGAAAUUUUACUCGGCCCUAGGAACCCCAUUUUUGAGUACACUCGUUGAAGAACGAGCUAAUUGGGGUGCCAAAUCCUCCGACCAGCGACCAGCUACGAAGCUGCAAAAGCUCAUUAACGAAAGAACGCGGCUUUUUCUUCACGAACAAAACUCUGAUUCUAUAAAACACGACACGAAAUGGCUUGAGAGACAUCUCAGCAUUGUUGUUGUUCAUUCCAUCUCCCUGCGGCGAUCUCUUAAAAAUAGUGGCCCAUCUCACAACCAGAAACGAAAUGCAAUCAUCACGCCGCAAGGCAGUGCCUAUACAUUAUGGAUCAGCCCCGGGAAAUAUGAUUUGUACGAGAUCAGUCAGGCGCUUGUUCAUAUUCUCCUCUCCCGCCCCAAACUCCAUUCUAUUCUUACUUUGGAAAUGUUAUUAAAGACUGAUCUUUACGACCUUCGCGCACGGGGUUACAAUGUCGAACGAAUUCUCCGUAAGAGGCAGAUGGAAGCUCAGGUAGCAGAAGAUCAACGCCAGAAACAAAUUGAAGAGGAGAGACGGCUCAUCCAGGAACGGGAAGCGGAAUGGCGCAAGGCUCAAGAGCAGAGCCAAGUCGAAGAGUCGAAAGCUGGACAUGCUAUGCCUGGGGUAUUUCCCGAUUCCCCUUCAACUACCAAAACGCAUGAUGAGCACCAUGAUGUAGCACAUCAGGACUUCAACCCGCGAAACCUCUUCUCCAACUUGACAAAGCGUUUUGGCUUAGACGACAGCCAGUCGCAGAACCCUUUCCAGUCUAUAUUCAAGUCUCGCCCCUCACAGGAUGAAGCGUCGAGUCAAACAGGUGACCCCAAUACAAAUGCACCGCCUCCUUAUUUGGAAAAUGAUACACGAAAACCGACUCAAAACCCUAAUGGGCCCAAGGCUGUCACGUCGCCACACCAACUGCAAAACAACCUAUUAUCAGCUAUAUCCGCCUGCCGUCCACACGGAGCCUCAGGUGUCUAUAGUCGUCCGGCCACGGAUCAAGUAAGUGAGACCAAAUCAUACUGUGAUGAGCGACCCAGUCAUGAUCUUGAAUACGUUGCCACUCUGUCAUCAGGCCUGCACUUCUUGGAAGCCAAGUCAGUCCCUAACCGGUCGGAAUUUCUGUCUCAAAACUCCGCAGGCGUUAAUGCUUUUGCCAAGUUGUUGGUGGAGUCCGCCAGUGUUUUCUCUCUACGGUUAGAAAGCGUUAGCAUAUUUUACGAUCCAGUCGGGAAAACGAUUGCAUUCAAUCGCGGUGGCAGCCUAUUUUGCAACUACCUCUAUUUCAAGCAGCUGCACGAGGCACAGCUGUUACGCGACCCUGUCAGUGGUAGAGCAGACGCUCUUGUGUACUGGUGGGUGAUCCUAUGCCAUGAACUGGCACAUAACCUAGUCGAGGAGCACAGCUCAGACCACAGCUACUACACUGAAGGAUUCGUUGCGCAAUACUUCCCAAAGAUUGCCUCGAAACUUCUCAGCCAGCCGUAAUCUGAGAUACCAUUUACCCGCUGUACCUGCAGUCCAACGUCGGAAUUAAAAACGACGCUAGGCCUAAUGAGGUAGCGUUUUAAUCACGCUAGUGGCCCUGAAUCAGCGCAAUUUAGUUUGUAGCGAAGAACUAGGGAAUCCUGCAUAUUCGAUUAGAAAUAGCGUUCGAGAAUAUAGAGCAUGACUGUAGAUACAUACACACCUUCUAUUCUUUACCCAUUUCAGUCGCCACCGAAGAUAUUUCAAUACGUGACAGAGCUUUAAAAUUCGGCUAGCCUGUACCAGACUAGCGCACUUAUACC